AUGGACAAUACUAGGAUGAACUCCUUCUUAGAGUAUGCAAUUUGUAACCGUGGGACGGGCGCCUACAACCAUUUAGAGCAAAGCUCCCCGUCCUUCCCCUCCUGCUCAGGUAGCCCCGUCAGUGACACUUUGACCGGAGACGGGCGCUUUGGCGUGGGGGGGAGCGCGGCCGCGGCCGCCGGGUACCCGACCCCGACCUGCAGCCCCGGCUACGGGCACCACCAGCUCUACCUCGGCCAGCCGGACACGGACGGGCUGUACUUCCAAGCGGCCGGGUACUCGGCCAACGCGGGAUCCAACCUCAACUCCUUAGCGGAGAGCUACUGCGGGGCGGUGGCGGCCUCCGGGCAGUACCAGCAACAACACCUUUACGGGCAGGAGCAGCCCGGUUACUUGCCCGGCGUUUACAACAAUCUCUCGUCGUCUUUAAACGAGGAUAAAGACCCUGCGUGCCCCUCCGAGCCGUGUCCCAACGCCAGCGUCACGCAGACUUUCGACUGGAUGAAAGUGAAGAGGAAUCCGCCCAAAACAGCCAAAGUGUCGGAGUACGGACUGGGCCAGCCCAACACCAUCCGCACCAACUUCACCACCAAGCAGCUGACGGAGCUGGAGAAGGAGUUUCACUUCAAUAAGUACCUCACCCGGGCUCGGAGAGUGGAGAAGGAACUCAACGAGACCCAGGUCAAGAUCUGGUUCCAAAACAGGCGGAUGAAGCAGAAGAAGAGGGAGAAGGAAGGUCUCGCCCCGGCUGCUGCCUCCAGGUCCGCGAAGGAGGCGAGUGAAGCUUCGGAUCAGUCCAACUGCACCUCACCUGAGGCCUCCCCCGGCUCCGUGUCCUCCUGA